AUGGAUUUCGAAAACCUCAAGAGCCAGGUCAGCAGCCUGACGCUUUACGACCUCAAGGCCGGUGUACGCAAGGUCCAAAAUGGUAUGGCUUUGCUCGGGUUCAAGUUUGUGGAAUUACCGCUGACUAGUCGUGAAGCUGUCAUGAACCUGACCGAGAUGGAAGCGAAGGUUCGCGAAGCCACGAAUGGAGAUCCUUGGGGCGCCUCUGCUACUCUGAUGCAAGAGAUCGCUCAGGGCACCAACAACUAUCAACAACUAAACGAAAUCAUGCCGAUGAUCUACAAGCGUUUCACAGACAAGACCGCGGAGGAAUGGAGGCAGAUAUACAAAGCACUGCAACUCUUAGAGUAUCUCUGCAAACACGGUUCAGAGCGAGUCAUCGAUGAUGCCAGGUCGCAUCUCUCCCUCCUGCGAAUGCUCCGGCAAUUCUACUAUAUCGACCCAAAUGGCAAAGACCAAGGUGUUAAUGUGCGGAACCGGUCCGCCGAGCUGGUCAAGCUGUUAAGUGAUGUCGACGCCAUCCGAACAGAAAGAAAGAAAGCCCGAGUCAACAGGAACAAAUACGGCGGUGUAGAAGGCGGUCCUGGUUUGGGCGGAGGCUUCUCGAGCAGCAGCCGGUACGGCGGGUUUGGGAGCGACACUGGUGGAUUUGGUGCCUACCAAGGAGAAGUCUAUGGCGAUGGCGGUGGUUUUGGCGGCCGUGAGAGCGACUAUUCUGGCACCCAACGUCAUGCGGACCAGUUCGAGGAGUACGACGAGGCUGACGACGCGGAGCCUACAAAGUCGGCAAGGCCUGCAAGGAGCACUGCCACCCGGACGACUGCACCGAAACGAGAAUCGCCGAAGCCCAAAGAGCCGGAACAGGACCUCUUUGAUUUUGGCAACGAACCAUCGACCACGACCACGACAUCGAACGGCAAACCGUCAGCUGCUAGCUCCAACAGCCUCGGCGACUUUGGGACAUUGCAGAGUAGCGCUGCAAAUGACGACGAUGACUUCGACGACUUUCAAUCGGCCACCCCUCCGACAACACAGGCAGUGCCAAAUCCUUUGGCUGGUUUUGUUCCUCCACCAACCACUUCCACUACCACAUCUGCUACACAAUUUGCGGCUCCGAAGCCUGUGGCUCCUGGCCAGACAGCAGGUUUCAACAACAUCUUUGCCACCGCAUCCCCUGCUCCGUCCGCGUCUUCGUCUAUAAUGUCACCAGGCCCGUCGACUUUCUCUCCGCCGCUUACGCAGACAGCAACAACCACUCCUCAACAGACAGGCGCUUACAAGUCUACGGGACCCAACUACUUCACUUCUGUUCCCAUGGCCACUCACUCUCAGGCCCCUGCGACUCCAGCAGCUCCUUCAUACACGUCUUCUACAUCUGCUGCCUCCCUGGGCAAGCCAGCAUCGAAACAGGGGUCGAGCAGUGGUGGCGAUGUGUUCGGAUCGCUCUGGAGCACGGCGAGUAGUAAAGCAGGUGUCAAGACCACGGGCGGGCCUCCAAAGGGUCCGGAUUUGGCGAGUAUGGCCAAAGCAAAGAGCCAAGCAGGAAUCUGGGGAGCAGUGGCACCAGCAGGCCCAACAUCCACGCCUGGUGUGGCAGCUCCGGCUGCUAAUACUGCGUCAACUCCCGGGAAACCCAGCACACCACUGGGCAACGGGUUGGACGAUCUGCUUGGAUAA